AUGUCCGCAGCACUGCGAGACUCACUGGACGUAAAUCAAAAGCCCGCGUUUGACGAGAGCAUUACGAAACGCCAGUAUCACAGUUAUCAACCUUAUUCUAACGUAGCUUUGGGCAAUAACGACGAAAUUAGAAUCGCAAUUAAUCAACAGGAUUUAUACACUUUCCCGGCCGAAUCAUAUUUAUACAUGCAAGGGACUAUCAAUAAACCGGCCACCGUAACGGAAGAAGUACUUUUUGUCAACAACGGCGCUAUGUUUCUUUUUGACGAAAUCCGCUACGAAUUAAACUCUAUUGAAAUAGAUAAAAUUAGAAACCCGGGCAUCACGACUACGAUUAAAGGAUAUAUUUCAAUCCCGCACGGUUCAGUGCACCGUUAUCAAAACGCCGGUUGGGAUAGCGAUGGCAAUAUCACCGGUUCCUUUGAACUUUGCAUACCCUUGAGUCAUAUUUUCGGGUACGCCGAAGACCAUAGAAAAUUGAUUAUUAACGCCCGGCAAGACCUAAUUUUGCAUCGAGCCGCGUCGGAUGUAAACGCGCUGAAAACGGCAAAGGACGGGUGUACUGUUACACUGAAUAAACUACUGUGGAGAGUACCACACGUACACGUUAGCGAUACCGUGCGGCUGAAGCUAUUGAAAACCUUGGACUCGCGCCGAUCGGCUUUCGCAGCUGGGAAUGUUUUGAAUACCCGCAUCUGCCGAGGACGACUAAAGUUUCUUGGGCCGUUAAAACCUCAUCGCAUACCGAAAAACCUCGGUACGUCGUGA